GCAAAAUGCUACUGCUCAGCAGACGUGGUAGUUGCCGAAACACGGAGCACCAUAUGUCCCCCAGGCACCACCAUUAACGCCCCCACUUCUGCCCACAUACCUUAAUUUCCACAUAGUACAGUUCCACUAGCGUGCGACGCAGCAAGUUGCCCUCCGCCAAACACCUACCUGAGGAAAUUGAAAGCAGUUUUUCGUCAUGGCGCCUCAAGAAGGACAGAAUAUCGUGUCCCAUUUGGUUUUGGAUACUGGUGGACUUAUUAAAUCCAGUGCUACCCUCCGGAAGGUUGCUCAAAAAUUUUACACUGUUCCUCGAGUUCUUGCGGAAUUGAAGGACGAGAACUCGAAGAAAAACUUGGAACUUUGGGGUGAUUCAAUUGAGGUUAAGGUUCCAGAACCCGAAUUUAUCAAAAAAGUCUCCGAGUUUGCAAAGCGUACAGGUGACUACGCGUUCCUUUCAGCGACAGAUUUACAGGUGCUUGCUCUCACUUAUGAGUUAGAGUAUAAGAACAACGGUGGUGAUUGGCGUUUGCGGUCGUUUCCUGGCCAAAAGAAAAUUAAUGGACCUCCCCCUGUGCAGGAGACAGCUUCAGUGUCCGAAACAGCGGCGGUUGAAGCCAAAGAGGUUGCUGCCACGACAGAAAAGUUGGAACAGCUUAAUUUGUCAAAUGAAAAGUCUGAGAGUGACAAUUCAAAUGCCGCUGUUGAACCCAAGGAACAGGAGCCUUCCGUGGAUCAAGUGGAGGAAGAGGACGAAGGGGAUGAUGAUGAUGAAGAAGGUUGGAUUACACCUUCUAAUCUGAAGAAAGUCAGAGCUCGCGAGGCAGAGGCCGACAGUGUCGCGAAACCUGUGAACAUGAAGGUUGCUUGUAUUACUACAGAUUUCGCUAUGCAAAAUGUUCUUCUCCAGAUUGGGCUGAAUCUGGUUUCUGCAGAUGGUCUCAAAAUUCAAAAGGUGAAGCAGUUUGUGCUUCGUUGUCAUGGUUGCUUUGCUAUUGAACGCAACAUGGAGAAGAAGUUCUGCCGCUCUUGCGGUGGUAAUACGCUUCUGAAGGCUGCAUGCUCAGUAAACUCUAAAGGCGAAUUCCGGGUCCACUUGAAGAAGAAUUUUGAGUGGAAGGUGCGUGGUACAAAAUAUUCGCUUCCCAAGCCCGUUCAUGGAUCUGCCAACGGCAAGUCAAAGAAGAACCCUAUCUUGCGUGAGGAUCAACCAGAAUACCAGCGCGCUGUCCGUUAUGCCCAGCGUAAGAAGGAGCGUGACUUGAUGGAUCAAGACUUUUUGCCCUCCAUCCUGACAAAUGAUCGUCGUGAAGACCUUCGUAUUGUUAUUGGUGCUGGAAAGCGUAACCCUAACGAGGUCCGGAAGUUCAAGAAGCGGCAAUAGAUGUGUAGAAGACGUGCCGUCGUCCUUCUGCACCACGGUCUUUUCAUUUUGUUUUUGUUUCGUUUGCAGGCUACUAUAGCCAGUUAUCGAGUUUGGUUAGGUCAUUUUUAUUUUCGUUUUGGUAUUCAUAAUUAGAGGUACAAGGGGUACGAAAUGAAUGGGAUAUAUUUGGUCGAAACAUAG